CUAAUGGCUCGCCCCAUAUGUAAAUUUGCUAUCGCUCGCCACACCAGGAUUGGUCGGUUGGCUUUGCGAUAAAUUAUGUUGAUUGGUUAAGCAAAGAUUGUGAUAUCGGAAACAUGCAAGUUCUUGAUUGCGUUUUGAAUUUUUAAAUGUGAUAUUUAAUGAUAAUGCCGGAGAUGAAAGAAGAGGCAUCAGAUGGCGAUUCCACUGACAUCGAGGAGUUCUCAUGUCAGAGCAACACCCUUAUCGUCACUUCAAAGGGAACAGUGGCCAUGCUCAACAAAGGGGAACGCUUCAACCAUCCCCAUGCCGUCGCCCCUCCAGAACUGCGAGAUUUUCAUCAGGCCAGUUGUUUCGACAAUGAAGGGUAUGAAAGCGAUGAUAGCUACUCAACCAUCACCGAAGAAGCCCUCAAGAAACGAAUUCACCCCUUGGAACCGGAGGAUCUGAAAUACCUGGACAACAUAAACGACCCAAACAUGUCUAUCGAGGAUAAGCUUCAAAGUCUGCAAUCCCUCAAUGUUCCCGAAGGACAGAGCUGGAUGGAAGCGGAACGUACGGCCUUCAUUGCCAGAAAGAUCCAGGGCAUUGUGCAGGCAUUCCAAUACAGAGCGGAGAAGGCCAAAGAAAAACUGGUGCAGCCUCCCACACCCUCCCCUUCACCACCUCUUGAGUCCUCCAGCGAUAACGACCCCAGCAGUCCCAUCCAACAAUCAAGACCAAGAUUGCAAUCCCUGAUCGAGGAAGAGAAGUCUUCCAUCGACAGCUGGAGCCAGACCAUCAGCUUCUUCUGCUGCAGCAUCAAGAAGAAGCUCCUCCCUACUUUCCCCAAUAUCAUUGAUCCUCAAAGUAAAUUAUACAUCAUUUGGUUAUUCUUCGUAAUGGUGAGUUAUGCUUAUAACGCUUGGUCCAUCAUUUUCCGAGCAGUAUUUCCAUAUCAAACUCCCGACACCAUACCCAUCUAUCUCACGUUCGACUACAUUGCAGACAUCAUUUAUGUCUUUGACAUCGCUUUGUUCAAAGUGAGGCUACAGUUUUUGCACAAUGGAUUUUGGGUGGAAGACUAUAAACAAACUAAAGCUAAUUAUUUCAGAAAGCGUGAAUUUAAGCUGGAUCUUUUAUCUUUACUUCCACUGGACCUACUGUAUUUUGUUUAUGGUAUCAAUCCUCUGUUUCGCCUACCAAGAAUUCUAAAGGUGCAGACAUUUUGGGAAUUUUUUAACCGUGUAGAUGCAGUUACAAAAACUCCAUAUGUCAUCAGAAUCAUUCGCACUUUAAUGUACAUGAUGUACCUCAUCCACCUGAACGCAUGCGCAUACUACGCCAUGUCUACUUGGGAAGGAAUAGGAUCGAACAAAUGGGUGUUUCAAGGAGACGGAAAUGCCUACAUUCGCUGUUUUUACUUUGCUACCAAAACUGCAACCUCCAUCGGCAAGAAUCCGAAACCUGAAAACGAAAUCGAAUACAUUUUCAUGACAAUAUCGUGGUUAAUGGGAGUUUUUAUCUUUGCAUUUUUAGUUGGACAGAUCCGGGACAUAGUUGCCACAGCCACUCAAAGUAGAACUCAAUAUCGCCAAUUAAUGGACCAAACCGUCAUGUAUAUGAGGAACUUGAAUCUACCAGACGAGCUUCAGCGAAGAGUGAGAAUGUGGUUAAACCACAAUUGGGAACAACAAAAGACUUUCAAUGUGAGCAAGAUUUUGGACACUCUGCCAAGAAAAAUGAAGACAGAUGUCGCCAUCAACGUCCAUUAUAAAACUCUGGUUAAGGUCCAAUUGUUUAAGGACUGUGACAAAGCGUUGCUGCGAGAUUUGGUGCUACAACUGAGACCCGUCCUUUUUCUACCCGGAGACUACAUCUGCAGAAAGGGUGAAGUAGGGAAGGAGAUGUACAUAGUCAAUAAAGGGAUAGUCGAAGUGCUAGGUGGCGACAAAAAUGACUUGGUGCUGGCGACUCUGACCAAGGGUAGCGUCUUUGGAGAAAUCAGUUUAUUGGGAAUACCUGGUUGUAACCGACGCACUGCAGAUGUUCGAAGCAAAGGUUUUUCAAAUCUUUUCGUUCUCAGUAAAGAUGACCUGUGGGAAGCACUGAAGAAUUAUCCAGAGGCCCAGAAAGUUCUCAAGAAAAAAGCCAAGAAUAUCAUCAAAGAGAACGAAGCCCGAGCUCAAGCAACAAAACCUCGCCAAGAAACCUCUACAAGAGUUGAGGACUCGCCAAGACCAGACGACAGGGAGAAGUCAUACACACCUAAACUCGUUAGAACUGUCAUGCAGGUUCUUCCAAGGAGCUGCCAUCGCAUCCAACCACAAUCAAAUGAUUCUACGAAAACCUUCACAAACACCCCUUCCGGUUCUGCAUCCAACGCUGCUGAUAAUGCUGAACACGGUGCUUUUACAUUCAGAAACAUUUCCUCUAAACUGCAAAACAUGGGUCUAAAAAAUUCCAAAUUGAAUAUGACUCCAUCGACACAAAAUCCAAACUUCAUGAUAAAACCCCGUUCAAUGAGUGACGGCACAUUGGGCAGACCAGCGACAACUUCAGAGCUUUUCAUCAAGUCAGACAAAAAUCCUGAUUUCCCAGUUGUCAUUAAAAAGAUCUCGCCAACAAAAUCGGAGCCAAGUAGCUAUCAGCAAUUGAAUACUGUUGAAGAAUGUCCACUAAAUGAUUUGAGCACCAUAAGUUUCCUCAAAAGGCAGCUUAGUAAUCUGGAAAACAUUAAACGAAGAUCCAUGGCUAAACAGUCCCAAUCAUUUAACUCUGAGCAUGACGAAGAUAACAGCAGAUAUUUCAAUCCGAGUGAAGAAUCUGAUGCAGUUUCCCUAGAAAGUCAGAAGGGAAUAAUGUCGGAUGAUUCCAGCGAUACAGCUAGUACGAGCACCCAGAAGAUGACACUGGACAACAGCGAUGAAGAAAAUUCUUCGAAUUCCUCCAAUUCAAACUGGAUGUCAAGUACGUCGUCAGUACCUUACCUUGGAAACCUCUUUCUCAGCACACAAUCCAUUGCUUCAACCAAUAAAGAAAGUCAUUCGUCUCCUGUUCCUCAGCAAGAAUCAGAUGACCAACAUCAAAAAAUUUCGAUUCAGAUGUUUCAAGAAAUUGCCAAUGAUCCAAAUUUGAAUUCUUCUUCAUCGUCGAAUUCAUCAUCCAUUCUCUUUCUUGGUGGACUUUUUAAUCAUGGCAGCCAGUCCCCCAGUUCAUCCAAUAAAGAUUUCCCUCUUUCACAUCCAAAACAUGAAGCAGAAGAUUCUGGAAGUUCCACCAAUGGAAGCAGCUCUGCUGGCUAUGAUAAUCUGGCGUUCGUACCCUCUGGAAUUUUCUCAAGGCGUUCAAGCUUAUUCAGUAAUGCAUCUGGCUGAAUGAAGAUCUUUACCAUGGUUUACUGAAUCAUGCACAAAUACAGAAGUUGGAGAGUGGAAUCUCAUUGUCUUUGAUGGUACAUUUCUUUUACAAUCGAUGUAAUAUAUUGAAUAUGUCUAUGUAUUGUGUAUUCAUUUGUAACCGAGAGGCGAUAUUCCUUGUUUACAAUGGUGUAUUUCUUGUUUCAAUGGCUGUGAUUUGUGAUUGUUGUUGAUCUAUUCAUGUGUAACCGAAGAGUUUAAUUCAAUGUUUGCAGUGAUGUAUUUAGUAUUUCAGUGGUUGUUAAAUGUGGUUGUUGUUGACAUAUAUGUAAACGAAACAGUGGCGGCUCGUCUAUUGAAGUUGCAAAAUGGCCCUACGUUAUUCCAGAAAAUAAUUUAUUUAUUUCGUAAAAUUUAUCUCUUUUUGUUUUUUCCUUUAAUUAAGUACGAUUUUGACCGACUGCCUGUUAACCCUUUAAAGGGCCAUUUUUUUCUAGUCAUGUUAUGUUAAAAUAUUCUUUGGCUUGAAAUUAGAAUAAGAAAAGGGAUUCAUUUAGCUUAUUAGAUAAAUUUAAUUUGAUUAAUUAAUUAAUUUGGUUAAUUAAUAAUUAAGUAACAAAUCAAGAUGCAUCAUUUCGUCUGAGAUACAGAACUGAAGCAUUUAAGUUUCUAACUUACUAAAAAAAAUUGUCAUAACUUAUGCCAACCUACAUAAUUUCAUACAAGAUUGAUAAAUUUGGUGGGAAGCAUACUUCCCACGGUUCUAGAAAGGGUUAAACCAUUCAGUAUUCGCAUUUAUAUAAUUGCAAUUGAGAUCAAAAAUGAAAAGAACUUAUAUCACUUUCCAAAGUACUGAGGCGUUUAGAAACUAAAAUAUUGAAUGCCAGGUUUUUAUUCUAAAUAAUUGUAUUUGUGCUCAAAUGCCAAAGGUGAAGCGCCUAUGGGUUGCUCUAAAACCAGACCAUCUUUAAAUAUAAAUAAAAUCACAAACUGGCAUCAAUCUUUUCUCCUUUAUCUCCUAACUGCCUUGUUUGUCUUCACUUUUUUUUAUUUUCUCGGAUACGAAGUAUAGCAGAAGGUUUUAGACCUGGGCAUUCCGGGUUCGAAUCCCGGUUUGGGCAUAGUUGUUCUUCAUCUGUGUUCUAUCUGUGAGGUGUGUGAAUGUGCCCCCCUGUAAAAAGGGAUUGUGCAAGCGAAUGUGAGAGUUUCAUUUUCAUAUGAGCUAGAAGUCAGACUUCUGCUCUCGGUUGCUCAGGGGUCUUUACCCUCAGAAGCUACUGCACCCCCUUUCCAUGGUAACGCGGACACGGCAUCAUCAGAAGAAGAUUUGUAAUCUUCCAAAAAUUUGAAAUCGAGAUUUUGGCAAAAUUUCCACAUUUAGACCUCUCUGAGUUCGAAAAGCAUAUAUUCGGAAUUUUGUCUGCCUGUGAACGGAAUAACUCAAAAACGUUUUGAGCUGGACAGCUGAAAUUUAGACCAAAUUUGUAGAUUUCUAUCAAUUGUUGAACGAAAUCCAAUCAGAUAAAAUUUUAUCUGUCCAGCUUUUUGGUACAAGUGAACUCAACAACUACAAAAUGUAAAGAAUUUGGUAAAAUAAAAUUGGUACGCAGAUUUGCAUCUAAAAUAUAGAUUCUUAUCAAAUUUGGAGACAAAUCUCUCAGAAAGGUUGACCGUCUAUCGGUCUGUACUUUAGUACAUAUAUAAACGAAAUAUUUUAUUAAUGCAAAGACUUAAAUCAAUGAAAAUCGGUACGCUAUCUUGUGACUUCAACUUCAAGGACUAGGACAAGACAACUGGAAGCUGAACAACUGUCAAGUGUUCCAACCUCGUCUCAAAUUUUUGUCUCAUUUGGCCAACAAGAGGCAUCUAAAAUACAUGGUUCAGUUAAAAUGCUAGAUUCAUACAAAGAUCUAUAUUUCAAAACUAUCGUUCCCCAAUGCCAUGCAAGGUAUUCGCGGCCAUUCACAAGGUCCCCAAUUUUAUGCGGAGAAAGGCGAACAAGGCCUUCAUUGGAAAGUAUGCGACAAAGUUUAAGGGAGUCCACACCCGCUGGUUUUAUUUUACUCUAAUAUAUAUAUGUUUAAUUAAUUGUUCACAUAAAAAAAGAUGGAAAUAUAAACUUUUUCUGUUAAUCGGAAACUAGAUUUAUAUGAAAUUGUCUUGUCAAGGCGUUUGUUUAAAUAUAGUUUUUCAAUUUAAAUAAAUUGAAAAAAAACGUUAAAUAAUGUUUAUUUAAAGCUGCAAAAAUACAAGUUUAAUUUAAAUAUUUUGCAAUGAAUUUUUUUUGGCUUGAUAAAAUUUAACAGCAGUUUUUACUUUAUCACUUCAAAAAGAGACUUCUAAUCUACAAAAUAAAUCCGAACUUAAGAGAUUUUAAUGAAUUUACAGAUUUUAUUAACUUUCAUGAAUCAAUAAAAAAAAAAUCAUAUUCUGUAAAUAUGUUGUAUCAGAAACUUUACAAGAUAGAAGUCUUAAUAUAGUCUUGAAAACCAAAAUUAUACAUUUCAAGCAAAUAAUGAAGAAAAAAAUUUUUAAGAAAGUCUAUUCAUAUAUCAAUGAACAUAUAUAUGAGCAUAACAACUCAAAAAUAGAGCGAUCUAUAUAAAUGAAAUUUGGUAUGGGGUUUUAUGGCUAGAAUUCUAGAUUUAUAUCAAAUUUUGGACCAUAUCUGUCGGUUUAUUAUUUCAUAUGCGAUAAUUCAUAUUCGUAACCAUUUAGAUGAGUGAAUUUUAGUUUAUGAUCUUUAUUCUGUAAUUAUACAGAUCUAAUUUUUGACUAUAUCUAUCGAUUGGACAGAAUGUCCAUGAGUAUGUGAAAACGCUAACUCCAAAAGAAAUUCGGCAUGAUAAAUAAAUUUUGACAUGACAUCAAAACUGUAAAUUUUGAAUCCAACAGGAGUAUGGGAAGAGGUUCGAAUUGCAAACUCGAUUCUCUUAACUUUAUAACGUUAAACACAAAACGUAUCAGAUUGCAUGUAUAGUCGAAGAUAGAAUAUUCCUAUUGAUAUUGACAGAUAACGUUUUAGCCCUUGUGAAAUAUCGUUCACAGAACUGUUGGAUUUUAAGUUGACGAGCCGCCAUUAAACUGGUGACUGAAAUUCAUUGUUUUCAGUGUUGUAUUUCUUGUUUAAAUGGUUGUGAAUUGUGAUUGUUGCCAGUGUAUUGCUGCAUGUCUAACGCACACUGUUCCUUCGUGUUAUUGACUCGCUAUUUGUUAAGUCUGUGAUUUUGUUAUUCAUGGAGUAAAUACUCAAACAAUUCUAUAUAAACUGGUUUUGUUCCGAUUCGAGAUGUUCUACGAGAUUGUACAAAAUUGAUUCUACA